UAGUCCAUAAAGAAAUUAAUUGAUGUAUUCUAGUUUCUUCUUCCCUGAUAUUACUAACCCUUCCAAAUUUCAUUGUUCUCUGUUUUUCUGAGAAACACACAGUUCCUCAUAAACCCUUCCUCCAUAUUCAAUCUUCAAAAGUUUUUUCAAGCCUUUAUUCUUUCUUCAUUCAUCAAAUUUCUUCUUCAAAAUCCUCAACAAUGUUCUUCUACAAGCUUUUCUCCCGUUUCUCAACAACCAUUUCCCGAACCUCACUUCUCUCUACUCAGCGAAUUCCCCAACAACAAUUCCAUAACUUCUCCAAUCAAUUUCAUUCCCUAAUCAUUCCUCAAUCUACCAACAAGCUAAUUCCAUUUCAAGUCGAUUUCUUAUGUCCAUCUAUAAAUUCCUCAACCCCAAAAUUUGGAUUUUCUUCAUCAGCCUCAACUGAAACAGAAGAUAAAAAAGGGAAUAAUGUGCAUAAUGGUGAUUCCAUAAAUGAUGAUCCUGCAAAAACAAGUGAACAGGCAAAGGAAAUUGAUCAGCCAGGACAAGCCAAGCCUGCAGAUCAAACAGAAGAAUCAGGAGGAUCUAUUUCAGAUUCUCAAUCUCAAACUGUCAAAAGAAGGAGAGGUGUUAAACGAACUGCAUUUUCUGAUUCAGAUUCAGAGAGUGAAUCGGAUUUAUCCAGGGAUGAUUUGAUUAAGCGUGUAGCCGAGAAGGAAGAACUUUUGAAAUUGAAGCAAAAAGAGAUUGAGAAAAUACAGGAUAAAUUUCUGCGGGCUUAUGCAGAGAUGGAGAAUGUCAUGAACAGGACUCAACGUGAAGCAGAGAAUUCAAAGAAAUUUGCUAUACAGAAUUUUGCAAAGAGUUUACUUGAUGUUGCGGAUAACUUAGGAAGAGCUUCAUCAGUUGUAAAGGAAAGUUUUUCCAAAAUCGAUACAUCGAGUGACUCUGCUGAAGCAGUGAAACUACUGAAGACACUUCUUGAAGGAGUUGAAAUGACCGAGAAACAACUUUCAGAGGUGCUUAAAAAGUUUGGAGUAGAAAAAUUUGACCCUACAAAUGAGCCCUUUGAUCCACAUAGGCACAAUGCAGUCUUCCAAGUACCUGAUGAUUCCAAGCCCCCAGGCACUGUUGCAGCUGUGCUGAAGGCAGGAUAUUUGCUUCAUGAUCGUGUAAUUCGGCCGGCGGAAGUUGGUGUAACCCAAGCAAAAGAAGAUAACAAUCCAGCAGAAUGAUGGAAACGAUAGUGUAGCUGAUCAUGACCCAUAGAAAAGAUAUUUCCUUCUUAUUGCAUAUUUGGAUAUCGUGUGAUGUUUCGUUAUGUAUCCGAAACAUUAUGAUCUUCCCUCCUUGGCACUAGUUCUAUUUUCCAUGCCUUUUACCAGCAUGCAACAUACUAUUCUUUUUAUUAAUCUCAUGUUUGGAAUAACAUGAUACAAUAAGAUGAGUUUAGUUCCAUCA